ACUCUCUUCGCUUAAACCAAGCUUCCGCUCGCCGGAAAAAAAUAUGUCUCUGUUCUUGAAGCUGAAACCAUAGUGAAAAUGCCAACUCUUCUCGCUUCUAUGUCUAGACAUGUUAAAAUGUAAACCUCCAGAUUCUUCAUAUUACUCCCUCUUCUUCUUCUACUUCAAAAACACAAAAAAAUCAAUAGUCACAAGCACCGCUCCUCUACCACCACCGCCGCCUCCGCCUCCGCAGCCACCUUCAACUUCUAAACUCCCAAUUAACCAUAAAGCCCUUUGUGUUUCUUUGGCUGAUAAUCUCUUCCGCCGCGGCCAAUUAUAUUCUGCUCAGCAGCUUAUUCAAAGAAUUAUUGCUCAAUCCUCCACAGUCCCUGAUGCAAUCUCCACCGUCGAUUUUGCUUCCACCUCUGGUAUAAAUCUAACCGUUGGUAUCUUUUCUGCUUUCAUUAGGAAAUUGGUUGACUUGGGUCAGCCCAAUUUUGCUCAUACUGUUUAUUGCGAGAGUGUAAUUGGUAGAGGUAUUGAGCCUGAUUGUAACAUUAUUAAUUCAAUGAUUAUUUGUUUUGUUAAGCUAGGGAAAUUAGAGGACGCUAAGUUUCUUUUUGAUAAGCUCAUUGCAAAUGGUUGUGUUCCUUGUCAUGCUGCUUGUAAUGUGAUUCUUAAAGAGUUUUGUGUGAAAGAUUUGUUUUUGGAGGCUUUUGAUUGUCUUGUUAAGAUUAGUAAUGUUAAAGUGCAGUUGGGUAUGUGGUGUUAUAAUGUUUUGAUUGAUGGUUUGAGCUGUAAAGGUCUAGUAGGUGAAGCAUUACAAGUGGUUGAUAUAAUGCGUAAGAGAAGUGGGUUUUUGCCGACUCUUCAUAAUUUUAAAUCGUUGUUUUACGGGCUUUGUAAGAGAGGUUGGGUUGUUGAGGCAGAGUCGGUGUGUGGAGAGAUGGAAGCGCAGGGUUUUUUUGUGGAUAGGGUUAUGUACACCACGCUAAUGAAUGCUUAUGCUAAGGAUAAGAAUAUAAAAAUGGCAGUGAUGAUUUUUUUGAGGAUGUUAAGGAUGGGUUGUGGUCCGGAUUGUUUUAGUUAUACUGUUUUGAUUCAGGGGAUGUUCAAGAUGGGUUUUUUUGAUGAAGGGUGGAAGUUGUAUGAACAAAUGAAUGAGUCAAUGAUGCUUCCUGAUGCAGUCAUUCACCAUGUUAUGAUUAGUAACUUUUGCAAUAUAGGGAAAUUAGAUUGUGCUAUAAUUAUUUUGAAGAACAUGACUCGUCAAAAUUUGGUUCCCAGUGUACAUAGCUAUACAGCUUUAAUUGCUGCACUAUAUAAGGAUAACAGGAUAACUGAAAUUGAUGAAUUGUAUAAAAGCAUGCUGGACCAUGGGAUUUUUCCAGAUCAUGUAUUGUUUCUUAUUUUCAUGAAGAAUAGUUUAAGAGGAAACGAACUUCAACUCUGUCUGUUGAUAUUGCAAGAAAUUCUUAAGCAUGGCUGUGGAUUGGAGCCUUCUUUGCUCUGUGGUUCUCCUAAUAGAGAUCUUGUUAUGACUUUGGAGCAAGAAAUUGAGCUCCUUCUCGAUACGAUUGUUAGAAGCAACUUUAAACUGGCCAGUUUGGCAUUUUGUAUAUAUAUUACUGCCCUGUGUGAGAGAGGAAAGUCAAAUGCUGCUUUGGCUUGUUUGAAGAAAAUGGAAGAUGUUAGAUGCACUCCUUUACCUUUCACUUUCAACUCUUUGAUCAAAUGCAUUUUUGGGGAUGGGCAUUUUGAGCAUGUUGAAUCCCUGAUUACUAUUAUGCAAGAUCGGCGUAUAGUUCCAGAUUUGGGCAUGUAUACUGUAAUGGUAAACAAAUACUGUCAACGAAAUGAUUUAAAAUCAGCAUUCUUUGCUUUGAAUCAGAUGGAGGAGAGGGGAUUCAAACCUAGUGUUGCUAUAUACGACUGUAUCAUUCGUUGUCUAAGCAGGGAAAAGAGAAUGUUUGAAGCAGAAACAUUGUUUCAGAGGAUGCUUAAGGCUGGUGUGGACCCUGAUGCAGUUGUCUAUGUGACAAUGAUCAAUGGUUACUUCAGGAAUGGAAGAUCUCCAGAAGCUCUUCAGUUUUUUGAGAAGAUGAUACAGAAUGCCAUUCUUCCUAGCUUACAUUCCUAUACAGCAGUUAUAUGUGGGUUGGUGAAGAAUAACGAGAUUGAUAAGGGAUGUGUUUAUCUUGACAGGAUGCUUAGAGCUGGUUUUGUGCCAAAUGCAGUGUUUUAUACUUCUCUCGUCUAUCAUUUUUUGAGGAAAGGAGAGUUCAACUUUUCCUUUAGGCUAAUUGAUUUGAUGAAGAGGAGUCAAAUUAAAUUUGACCUUGUUCUGUGCACUGCCCUUGUCAGUGGUAUUUGUAGAGAUGUUACUUGGUUCAAAAACAGAUUUUGUAAGGUAAACAGAGCAUCUGUAAGAAUGAGAGAAAGGCUGCUCCAGUUGCUACAUCAAAAAACUGUCUUGCCUAUGGAAAAUAUUUUAAGAUUUUCUGCUCAUUCUCCGGAAGAAAUGAAGAGCUUUGCACUAAAGCUCUUGCGGGAAACAAAAGAAAGUUUAUUUUUACCAAAUUUGUACCUCUAUAACUGUAUAAUUGCUGGAUUCUGCUGGGCAGAUAGGAUUGAUGAGGCAUACAUUCAGUUUGAAUUGAUGCAGAGAGAGGGCAUAUGCCCAAAUGAAGUGACUUUUACUAUUCUUAUUGGAGCACAUAGCAGAGCUGGUGAAAUUAAUAGUGCCAUCGAGUUAUUUAAUUUGAUGAAUGCAAAUGUGUAUAGGCCUGAUAGAGUUACGUACAACACUUUAGUAAGAGGGCUUUGCAAUGCUGGUAGAGAGCUAGAGUCAUUGUCUCUCUUCUAUGCAAUGCAAAAGAGAGGGUUCUUCCCGGACAAGGUUUCUUAUGAAAAUUUACUCCGUUUGUUUUGUGCUCGUUGCCUGGCCGUUCCUGCCUUCAUGAUAUUUGAAGAAAUGAUUGCACUUAAUUAUGUACCUCGCCGGUAUAGUACCCAGUGGUUGCUUGACAUUUUACAUGAAGAAAAGAAACUGCAUGAAGCUCAUAUUGUCUCGGAUAUGGCCAGUAACAGAGCCACAACAAAAUCUACAGCAAAACCCAGCCAUGUGCUACCAUAAGGAUGCCUAUUCAGUUCUCUAUCUCUAUGCCAAAAUUUGAUGCAUCACUGUUGCUUGACUUAAUGAUCUAAACUCUGUUGUUGCUCAGAAAGAUAAUCCCUCAGGAGUACUUUUUGGUAUGUCGGAUCAAGAAAAGGUCUAUAUGAGCUCAACAAGAAAAUGAACGAUUGCAACUUCUAUGUUAUGUCUCCUAAUUGCAUGUCUAUCUCAUUCUCAGGCCAGCAAGAAAAUGAAUGAUUGCGACUUGUCGUUUGGAAGCUCAGGACGAGAUAAUAUGUAAGAGGAUUCUGUGUCUUGAUUCCAAAACACCUAAAGUUUGAUGCUGAAUGUUGCAAAUGAUAUGCAAACAUAGUGGCACCUUUCUUUACAUUUAUCAAGGAGGGCAUGCUACCACAAGUCAAAUUUUAGCACCCAGGAAAGGGAAGUAAAUCAGGUCCAAAAAUAGUAGACAAAGGAUCCAAGUCUCUUUGGAAGAAUCUGUUUGACUUUGCCAAUUCUUUGGAUAACUUGUCAGCACAGUCAUCAUGUCCACCAGCAAAGCUAUAGACCCUGAAUGCCAACUGAAACACUCUCCAGAGCAUUUUAGCACUUCCUCUGAUUUGUUGAUUGACUUUAUAAAAUUCUCCGGCCCCUUUUGCUCUGUUUUCUUGUUUCCUCUCCUGAAAGAAAAGCUAAAAUUAAUCCUAUAGGAUUCAAUUAAUCUAGUCAUCAUCUCAUUGAUAUUUGCUUUAACUCUUCUGAUAAAAAAAUUUAACUGAACUUACCUUUAGUGCGAGCUCUAUGCAACCAGAGGAAACAUCCACCAUUGCUUCUUUUACCCUUGUAAUAAUAAGGAAGUCAAAAUCAAUACCACAGCUCUUAAACUUUUUUGUUUCCUCAUCCUUAUUUCUUUCAACUGUAUCUAGUUGCAGUUUGACCUUGAUGAGGUCAACAAGUAAGCAGCUUUAGUGCUGUGAAGAGAUGUUAUUCUCAUACAAAUUUGGAUCAAAAUUUACCUUACUGAAGUAGCAGUCAACCUUGUCUAUGUGCUUUGACAGCGGUGUUAUCAUUUCCCAAGUUCUCAAGGUGGUGGCUAUACUGUCUAAUUUUGAAUACAGUGAAGCUGCUGUCCUUAAUGUUUCCAGUUUCUUUGUGGGAAAACCUUCAAAUUUUGCUAGCACCUGCACCUCAGAGACUUCAUGAUUGACCAUCAUAUUUAAGGAAUGCAAUUAUCGAACUUAAUAUCCAUCAUUAGUGGUGAACUGAAUCGAGUGAGCUAUUAUUUUGCUGACCUGUGAUUCAUCAGUUAGGACUUCAAGGACGGAUUCAAAGUAGUUUCGAAAAUCGAGCAGCUUUCUCAUGUUGUUUGUUUGAAAGGAAUCAAUGGCUAUUUUUAGAUCUAGGAUUGGUUUUUCAUACUUCUGAGCGUCUUCUUCAAGUUGUUGAAAGUAAGGCGAUCUAAGAUACCAUAAAGAGAGAGAAAGAAAGGAAAUAUCGUUACUUCAAAGUGCACGCUUAUGCAGAAUAUUUCCUACUGCAAUAAUGGAAGCAAACCUCUUUGUCAAUUCUGCUAGUGAAGCAGCCAAUCCUUCCUUUCCACCACUAGAGCCCCCUAGCUGCACGUUUCUAGUAAUAGACGAUUGAACAGGCAGGAUUUUAGCACCAGGGGGAGGUGGCAUAGGGGGGCCGGGCACCUUUUUUUCUUGGUGCAAAUCUUUGUUCAAGGCUUUCCCUUGCGGUAUAUUAAACAUUUCCACGACUGCCUUAAUCACACAAUCGAGUGUUGCAAAGACUGCAUCAACUACAACAAAGUAGACAAUUACAGUGAGCUAAGCCUUAACAAAGUAUGAGGAACUCCAUUAGAUUAAUAAGAGCUCAGACAUGUUCGACAAGGCUUCUGGGUAUAACAUGCGGAGCUCCUCCAUUGUAAUCGCCGACUUAGCAUUUUCUCCAUUCCCUUUUGCUGUCUUUGUUUCGUUCUUCUCCUAGAAGAUGGCCGACACUAAAUGCCAUAAGAAUCAGCUUUAUGCAGCUGGAGGGAAGAUCUACCAUUGAUUCUUUUACCCUUGUAACCAUGAGGAAGUUGAAAUCAGUACCAUAGCUCUUAAACUUUUUGUUCUCUUCAUCCUUGUUCCGAUCGAAAGCAUCGAGUUGUUGUAUUAUUGCUGUGAAACAGAUUCAUCAUCUGGGUGGAUCUCUUCAACUUAGCAACAGCUUUCCUUUAAGGUAGGAGUUUCCGGGAGCAGAAGGUGGUGGCGUAGGUGGUCCGGAACACUUUUGAGUACCAUUUGCUAUUGUAGCCUUUUGCAGGCAAAACAUGUGGCCGCAGUGGGGGUGGUUCUGAUUCCUUUGCGGGCAAUAUAGGUGGUGGCGGUCGGUGGAGGUCUUGACUAACCAAGCUCUUGUGGAAGUUUGGUUGGUAGUAGAGAACUUUUUGGAAUAGCAGUUUCCCCAAUUUUACUCUCCUGUAGUUUGGGUGUGCAUUCGGUUCAAACCAAAUUAACCAAAAUUUUACUAUUGUCAAAAUCAAAUCGAACCAAAAAUGUAAAGAAGAUAAAAGAUUCGUUUCAGUUAUUUC